AUGGAUUGGCUUGUGAAAAUUCUGCUCCUAGGGAGCACGAAGGCAGUUCUAAUGGAUAAAGACUUUGGGGUCAUGUUGGAUAUUUAUAAGUCAAAGGAAAGUCAGCAGGCUAUUUUACCCGACAAUGAGAAUUACUCGGGCUGGUCAUCUUGGAAUAACUGGUCCCAAUGCACAAAAAGGUGCGGUACAGGGCGACAAUCUCGCUACAGAACUUGUAAGACAAACAUCGAUGAAGCAUUCCAGCUCUAUCUCGUCGGCGAUUUAUCUUUCGAAGACUACCUCAAAUUGACUCCAACGUGCGAGGGCUCUCCUGUCGACCACCGUCCGUGCAACAGACACUCGUUCGCCCAAUGCGAGGGGAUCAGGACCGAGAUUCGAAAAUGCUCCGUCAGUGUUUGUCCGAUUGCUUUCUUUGAUAAGUCGGAAUACAAGCAGAAACAGAAAGCUAUUGAAAAAGGAAAAGAAAUCAGCAAAUGGACGGACUGGGUAUCCCAAAUCGUUCUCUUCCAAAAAGUUACUGAAAAAGUCGAGUACAUGAUAACAGCCAAAACAACUGCAUACUUCCUGAAUAUCAGAUGGAGCAACCAUCUUCAAAAUCCAAAAACAGAACUUUUCAAUACCACCGCGAAAAUGCUUGAAACUGCUAUUGACAAGUCAAUGCUUACAUUCGCCGGCUUUAGAAAAAGUCACGUGAUUCAAUUUGCAAAGGAUGAGAAAUCGAGAUCAGAAGAUGAUGAACUGGGGACUUAUGUUCGAUUGAUUCUAAACUUUGACACGAUGGAUACUCGGGGCAACGGAGAAAAGAUUAUGGAAGAGUUUCAAGGACGCCUGGCGAUUCUCGAGAGCCGAUGGAGAGAGUGGGAUCUUCUCGAUGUUCUUCCAGGGACACUCGGAUUCCAGGUUUCCGCUAGAAGCGAGGAUGUUGACGAGUGCGAAGAGAAAAGCUGCUACAACGAAGGCAUCUGUGUUGAUUUGGCCGGGGAUAUUGCCUGUAGAUGUAAAAUGGAACACUAUGGAAAACGUUGUCAACACACACGUUAUCACACACCUCCUGCGCUAGAGAUUCCGUUUGUCUCUGUCAGCCCGAAGGAAGUUACGCUCAAAUGGGUGCCACCUCCAGAAGACCCAUCCAUCGGAGCAGAGGUCGAGUAUAUUCUCAUGAGCGCGGAUAACGGCGUCGAAAGCAAAAUCCCAAAAAAUAUCACCGAUCUAACAUUGAAUGUUAACCCUGAGCAAGAAUACAAACUCAGGUUUCAAAUCAUUUAUAAAAAUGGAUUGAGAUCAUUCAUUCGUGAAGUUCCAUUCCGCGCAGCACCAGAAUUAGAUAAGCCAUUCGUCGUUUCAAAAACUCAUGAUGCUAUUCGACUUCAAUGGAGGGCAAAGGAAAAUAUUCAGCAGUAUCAAAUUUAUAUAUUGAAUAAAUUCGAGGAAGGAGAGGAUCGUCUGCAAGAAGUUCUUUGGCACGGAGACGAGAAUGAAGCGUAUUUGAGUGGAUUGCUGUCUGAUCAUAACUACCGACUCGCUCUUCUUGGAGUGGUAGAAGGAGGAGCCACGAAUACAGUUGAGUUUGAUGCUAGAACUCUCCUCGCUCCUCCAGAAGUCGACUGGGACAGCUCAAAAGUCGGCUGGACAUCUGCUGUCAUUGAAUGGGCAAAAGUACCAAGAGCAAACGGAUACAACGUUGUUGUUUACCAAGGACUUGCAUCAGUCGAAGAAAAUGAGCUUUACCGAGUCGAGCUUCCGCCUUCUGAAAAUAGCGUAGAUAUUCAAGGACUGGACUACGAAAGCACAUACACCUUGGACAUUUCUGCCAUCUCGAAAAACGUGAAUUUCACAUCCAAGAUCAGUUCUAACUCGUUCACGACAGAGGCUGAGCUUCACCUGCUCAAUAAGGUUGUUCCAGUUCAAGUUCGAAAUAUCAAAACUACUGAGGCAGAAUUGUCAUGGGUGUUACCAGAAUACAACAUCACCAAACAAACUUUAUAUUUGGGCACAGACGGAAAAUUCGACCUUGACAUCGAGGCCAAUAAUUUUAUCAUGGAUUCCUUCUCUCCGUUUCAAUCCUACGUUGUUUCGGUCGAAAUCGUCGAUGAAAACGGAUUGUACUCGGACCGCGGGGAGGGCACGACGUUUACCACCGCUCCAGAUUUUGGACAUGUUAUUGCUACAGCAACCGACGCUUCAAUAAUUUACCGAUGGAAGGCCGUGGAAAAUGCGCGAAAAUAUUACUUUAGGGUUGACAAAACGGAAGAAUUUCAACCAAUUCGUUCGGAACAACUUGUUUUUCGCCGGGAACAGCUUGAGCCAAAUACGGAGUAUCUCUUUGAAAUUUACGCAGAAAUUGAUGAUGAUGUUCAAACUGAUUCUGUUGAGUCAAUUGUUAAAACUGCACCAGCGUUGGGUCAGUUUACAAUUGAGCUUGAUGAAGAAGAUCGAUCAGGAAGUGCGAUUAUGCUUUGGGAAAGCGAUCUUACCUUUGAUGCGAUUUCUAUUUCAUCAGAACCUCCGAUUGCUCAAUUAGAAGGAUCCGAAGAAUUUCUUAUUUCGUCUUCAAAGUCUUCAUUUAAAAUUUCAGGAAUGAAACCAGCUACUCAUUACCAAUUCUUCUUCCAAGGUGUUCGUUAUGACGACGAGUCUGAAGUCCGCAGCCCAGUCAAAACGGCAGAACUUAUAACAGCGUUGUCAAAGCCAGUCUUUAUCGAGUCAUUGGAUUCAAACAAAGUUACUGACGAGAUGAUCAGGGUGAACUGGCGAGGAGUAGCAAGAGCAAACGAGUACGAGAUCAAAAUCGACGAUGAUGAAGAUCGCAAAAAGUUCAUCUCAGCUACAUUCGAGCGAAGUGCGAUGUGGAAAGGACUCCCCCCAGAUGUAGAGCACCGAAUUCUCCUUCGGGCGAUUUCAUCCCAAGCUCCACCUUCGGAAUGGGCUGAAAUGACAGUAACCACGCGAUUGAGUUCCCCAGAGCUGUCUGUCAACUACGUAGCACCAGAUAAAGUUGGUCUUAUUAUUUCAAAUGUUAAAUCAGGCGAUGAACUGUUUGCUCAAGUUGCUACAGACUGGGAAGAUCUUAACAGCAUCAAAACUUAUCCAAUGUUUGAAGCUGAUUCGCCAAUCGUAGAAAUGAUGCUUGACGAUUUGACUGCAGGAACUGAUUACGUCGCUAGAAUUCGUGUCAGAAGUGGAGAAACAGGAUUGCUAAGUUUUCCUGAGUGGACUGAUGUAAAAGUAUCAACAGAGCCAGAUGUGCCACAAUUUAGCUGCGUUCCCCUCUCAGAAAGUAUCUCUUGUAAAUGGGCUUCAAAAAGUGAUCGAGUUAAGACGGUUGAGGUUCAGUGGAAUCAAGGAGGAGAACCACAAAAGUUCACCACAUCCGAAAAUCCCUUUGAGAUAGAAAAUUUGACGCCAUAUGUUAAUACGAAGCUCCAAAUCAAAUCCUUUGCUGGAGAAAAUGAAGAGUAUUCGGCGACUGAAUGGACUGAAGAAAUAGUUGUUAGAACAGAGCCAAUGCGUCUCGUCGGCCAAGCGUUGUUGGAUAAUCAUGUUGAGGAUCUUAAAUCAGAAUCGAGCAAGAUUGAAGACUUUUUGAGAAAAUCUUUAGCGAAAGAGCUCAAAAAAGAUGAGAUACUCGACAUUUCUCUUAUAAAUGUUCUGAAUGACCCCGAGAAUCCAGAGAAGAAGUCAUUCGUUAUCUUUGAAGUUGAUUUAGGAACAGUUGUGAAUGACAAACUCAUGGCUAGGUUUAGUCUCAUGUAUCCGCACAAAUCUCCUGAAGGUCUUCAAGUGAUUUCCGGGAGCAGAGGAACUAACUCUGUAGGCAUUGAAUGGGAUCGUGCACAAAAUGCCGUUCAAUACGAGUAUCUUUGCAAAUGUGAGAGCAUGCAAGAUUCUCAACGAACCGAUACAGUUCGAAAACCAUCUGCAGAAAUCGUCGAUCUUUUACCAGCGGACGUGUGCAGCGUUAAAAUCAGAAGUAAAAUUGAUGAUAUUUGGUCGCUCUGGUCCGAGCCGGUUAUGUUUUCUACUCUUCCUUAUCCGCCAAUGGUGAGGAAAGUGCCAAGUCAAACUUCCUCGCUUCUUAUUGAAGUACUCAAUCCUUACAAACGAACAAAGGGAUACGAAAUCAAUUACUACUGGUUCAACAGCUAUGGUAAAAAGGAACUCCCUAAAAAUCCCAUUUACGCAGGCGAAAUCAUGCCCGAAUUCGUCGAUCAAGAAAAGCGUGGAGAAAUAAUUGUUCAACAAGAUCGUCAUGUGAUAAAGAUGCCGAAGAUGCGUUCUGGUACCAAGUACUACAUGACCGUCAAGAGUUUGAUCGAUCAAGACGGACGAAUGGAUGUCUCAGAAGAAUCUCAAAUUGUCGCUCUUCAAACUGGGCCAGAUGCAGUCAAGCCAUCUUGUGAAUCUGGACUUACAACUGACAAAGAGCUGGUUAUUAGUUGGCUUGAUGUGAAGGGCGCCGCUCAGUACCGAGUCGAGCUUCGAAGCUUUGGUGUCAAUGGCGAUCUUGGUCCGAUUCUCAAGGAGAAAACUAUCAUCGCUGAAGAUCAGUUGGUCAGAGGAUCGCAUUCGUUCAAGAUUUCACCACCGGGUGGCAUGUCAGGAAUCGAGUACCAAAUCUCCGUCUUUGCAAUAUCUGAUAGCCGAGAAGUAUCCGAUAGCCAUUCUGUUGUGUGUGAGUUGAAACCGUCCCCACCUGAGUUUUUGCAAAUUCAGACCUUCAAGCCUGGUGUUAUCAAAAUUGCAUGGCCGGAAGCGUAUGGAAUAGUGAGCUACGAUGUAAACGUGAAGAAUUCAGACAAUGAAGUUGUUUACGAAGAGAAGGAAUUCCCCCUUGAGAGCGUGCUCGUUCAUGAUCUUGCUCCGGGAGAAAAAUUCUUUGUCGAAGUCUAUUCGGUUUCCGCUUCUAUGAAAUCAUCGCCCGCAAAGAAAACUUUCAAAAUUGUACCUGAGGCACCGUUGGUGAAAGUUAUUCCAAGUGAAGAUGAAGAAAUUGAAAUCUACUUUUCAAAAGUUCUCGGGGCUGAGAACUACAUUAUCGCGAUGUUUGACAAUAACAUGGAGCCCGUUUCAGGCAUCGCUGAGUUUGGAACUCUUCCUGCUGAUCAUCCAGGAAGAAUAACUUUCCAUAAGCAUUUAUUGACUCCUGGCAUUGUUUACAAACUCGCUGUUGGUGCUGUUAAUUCUGGCGGAACUUCAAGUCCAAAGCUCGUUGAUGUUAUUUUGCCGCCACCAAAAGUGGUGUUGGAAAAUAUCAAGGCCAUCGAUGGGUCACUAGAAAUAUUCUGGGAACGAAGCGAAGGAGCUAGAAGAUAUGAAGUAAAAGUCUUCCUCGUCAAAUCUGAAGAGACCCUGAAACAGACAUUUAUAACCUCCGAGCCUUCUCUGAAAACUCAACUCUCGUCCAAACUUGCCUAUCGGUUUGAAAUUCGUGGAGUCAAUGAAGGUGGCAAGAGCCAAGCAACAGUAGGAACGUUUGGUAUGGACAUUCCGGUUUGGAUGCAGUGGGGAGCUUGGGGCGAAUGCAGAAGCGAUGAUGGGAAGAAAUGCGGCUUUGGUUCUCGAAUUCGUUUGAGACAGUGCUCGGUUUUCUCGACAUCAGAGUAUGGAAUUACAGAGCAGUUGCUUACUGAUGAGUGCGAGGGCGACAGUGCUGAUAAAGAACCUUGCAACGCUGGUGUUGACGAUUGUACAGAGCUUGAAUCAGUGACAAAGCAUAAAAAAGUAAGCAGUAGUUCCUCCGAAGAAUCGACGGAUAAACUGACUGAUAUGCAGCUCUGUGAGAACUUUGCUGCUUGUUGCUUGAAAAACCAACCAAGUGGCCUUGACAGCUGGAUGAGUGUCGAUUUGGAGGGACGAAAAGAAGUUUCCGCAGUGCGAAUUAUGCUUGGGGAAGAUUUGAGAUCAUUUGAAAUUCGAGUCGGCGAAACCCCGGGAACUGGAGAUUUGUGUAUUGCUCAGCAGGAGACCUUAUCAGCGAUGCAGAUUCCGCAAGUGAUGCUUUGCACGAAACCGUUGCAAGGACGAUUUUUAUCGAUUCGCAAACUUGGUUAUGAAUCCAUGACUAUUUGCGAGAUUGAAGGCUGGGGAAGACCAGUUAAUGUUUUCUGGUCUGAUUGGGCUGCUUGGUCGCCAUGUUCGCGUACGUGUGGUGCUGGAAUGAGGCAACGAACGAAAGAGUGCAUCGGCGGAGAUAUCGGAGAUGAGGGCUGUCGAGGACUGCCAAUUGAAGACGAGGAAUGUUCUGAUGGGCCGUGUGAAGCCUAUGCAUCGGGACUCAGCACGGUCGACUUUUCCGGAGAAUCUACGUCGCUUUUGACCGAUGGCUUUGCUACAAGUUGCUUUAGCACAUCAUACACUUACGAGCCUUUUGUUGAGAUCAAGUUGGCGCAGAAAUUUGAAAUCCACUCAAUAAAGCUUUCUUCCAAAAAGCUAAUUCCAUCACUAGAAGUUUAUAUAAAUGAUAAACUCUGUAAAUUUACUGAUGUUGGUGAGAAUCUCAUACUCUGUGACGAGUUUUUACUUGGCGACACUGUGAAAAUUCGCGUUUUCGGGAUUGAAACACAGCUCGAUUUAUGCGAAAUUGGCGUUUACGGAAGCUCUCUUGCGCAGUGGAUGAAUUGGUCAGAGUGGAACGAGUGCAAGAAUGACUGCCACUUUGGAAAAAGAACUCGAGAGAGAAAAUGCUCUGGCGGAUUUGAAUGUCACGGAGAAUGGACUCAAGCAGACUGGUGCAACCGAGGAAUUUGUGAAAAACAUAGAAAUCUAUUGAACCAGAAGAGCGAAAUCCACCUCGAUUCUGCGUAUGAUUUUGCUCCAGGAAGUCUGGUUGCUGAUGGAGAAACUGAUUGUUUGAAAGCAACUGCGGAAAGGAGCACCUGUUGCGCGAUGAGCCGAAUCACUACUGAGCCCUCUCUUGCUGCUAAUCUCGGGAAAUUGACUGAAGUGAAUACUGUUCGAAUUCUUUUGCCGGAUAAAAUCAGCUACAAUAGGCUGCAAGUCAGACUAAGUACGACAAAAGAUGUUCAUAAAUCGGCUCUUUGCGCGGAAAUGACCGGCCUUACCGGGAAAACUGGACAAUGGGUUGAAUUUGUAUGUGAAACAAAAAUGGUUUCCACGUGGGUCAUCGUCACGAUUCCUGAAAGUGCUACUUCUCUAGCAUUAUGCGAAGUCGAGGCUUACGGUGCUCCUAUUCGUUCUGAGGUUGAAUUGAUUCAAUCCGACGAGGUGAAACUGGACAUGUGCAUCGACCAGCAGUUUCAAAAGACGACGAUGCGAGAUUUGACAUUCGAGGAAAAAGUCGACAUUGUCAAGCUUCACAAUGCGUACAGACGACAACUAGGCGGCGCAAAUGUUUUCCAAAUGACUUGGUCAAAUGAGCUUGCAGAUAAUGCUAGAUUCUUUGCCAAACAGUGCGAAUACAAAAAUUCAGUCAAAGCUCUGGCGAAGAAAAUCAUCGACUUCAAUUAUGGCGAGAGUAUUGCAGCUGUGGAACAUAACACUGAACUUGUCGACUGGGACCACGUGGUUUACGAUUGGUACACUACCGAGCGCUUCUAUGAUCCCGUGAAACAAUCAUGCUCAGGAGAUUGCCGACCUUAUAGAAACAUAGCGUUCUGGGAAAGUACUGAAGUUGGUUGUGGCAUGGCAGAAUGCGAAAACCUUUUUGACGGAGAACAAACAUUCGAGAAAGGAAGAAUGAUUAUUUGCCAGUACAGAACUCAAGAAAGGAAGCGAGAAGCUCCGUUCUUUCAGGGUCCAAGCUGCUCUUAUUGCGGCCCAAAUUCUGUAGGCUGUGAAAAUGGCCUAUGUGUUCCUAAGAUAAUUGACCAAACGUGCGAGUUUAUCACAACCACAAAUGCGCCAGCUAUCAUAACCACUCCUGCUCCAGCAACAACGGCUGCAUCCCUUCCAUUUUUGGAUCCGCAAAUGACCAAAGCCCCAGAGAUCCAAAAACUCAUGCCGAAAAAGCGCUUGCCAUUUGUUGGAACCCAACGAAACGGUUUCAUCGAUUCACAGAGUUCAACAUCUUCAGAAUCAAAAUGGUUUAUCAGAGUUCCUGCGGCGAAAGGAUAUGAAAUCACUGUUAUGGAACUUGAGCUUGAUUCAGAGUGUUCAGACUCGCUGAUUUUUUGGGACGACGAGUCAAACGCAGAACUUUAUUCGAUGCGAUCAUGUGAUCCGAAAGUGCUAAGGAUGAUGAUGACAAAGGAACCUGUCGUUUUGAAGGCGAAUAAAAUCAGAUUGGAAUUCAAUCAAAACUCGCACCUGAGCGUUCGAGGAAGCGGCUUCCGACUUUUCUAUGAUGCAAUCAUAGACGAGAACAGUCCUCUUUUAGCUACUUCUGCGCCAGACUUGUGUGCGCUUCUUCAACCAUGCGGCGUCGGUGGAAAUUGCAAUAACGUCGAUGGCGACUUCGUGUGCGAGUGCAAAGAUGGCUUCAAAUCUGUCAAUGAAGGUCACGGGUGCAUGGAUGUCGAUGAAUGCAAAAUUGCUGAGGAAGAUGACGAUCUGCAAAAAUUCUACUCGAUUUUCUAUGCUUACCCAGAUUUCUACGACUUUGCCCUCAAUGGAAUGAUCUUCAACGCUACGGACGAUGAUCUCAGACAAAUUAUCGCUGGCUCAGGAACCAAUUUGAAGAGCGCUUCUUCUGAACAAAUUGUGUCUGUCGGAGAAAAGCUCAAUGAUUGCAGAGUCUUUUGUGCAGGCGCGGAAAACGAGACGAGGUGUCUUUUGAAGUGUAUCACAAUGGAUUACGAUAUUACUUCAUUUAACGAUCAGCUGAUCAUGCAGUUGCCGUUGUGUAUUUCGAACUGCCGAUAUAUCGAAAAUAUUGAUGAUUCUCUUGCUUGCUACGAUACUUGUGUAACGAAAGAACUCAAAUAUCCAGCAGAACUUGCAUCCGAACAACGGGAAUUCAUGGCUACCUGCAUGUUGGAAAAUCCAAAUGUAAAGUUCGAAACUUGCGGCGCUGUUUCGGCACUAUCCGCAGUUAUCACUAAAGAAGAUGACGAGAAGAAGAAGACACAGAUGGCAAUGAGAUGCUGGAAUAAAUGUAGUGGCGCUAAUAACGAAGCAGAGUGUUCCGUGGAGUGUCUCAGUGAGACUCUUGCACCAGAAGUACGUCAACUUGCCUCUUGGAUUUGGAGCUGUUCAGCUGCCUGCCAGGACACAAAUAACGGAGCUUUAUGCUUUACUCUUUGCUUCCAAGCUAAAUCUGAGCCACUUAUCGAAGAGUCUUCAGUGGCGAUGCUUAUGGACUGUUCAGAAAUAUGCGCAACAUCUGAUGCUAAUUGCGUUGUUCGAUGCCUCGUUCCAGAGCCAGAAAUCCGAUCGCUAGCACAAGAACAUGUUGUCUCAACCCUUGUCCAUUGCUUCGAAGAAUGCAAGGCAGAAGAAGAUGGUCUUUCCUGUGUCAUGUUCUGCGUUGAUCAAAGCCCGACAUCAUACAUCGUCGCCUGUGCGGAUGAAUGUCACGUGUUCCACGAGCCAAUACUUUGUCAAUAUCGCUGCGUUUUUGGCUUGAUCGAGAGCGACAGCUUUGCAAGAAUUUACGAAGCUGCAGAAAAGUGCCAGCAAAAGAAAGCUGAUAACGCUGCUGAGUGUUUUAUUGACUAUUUGACCACUGGAAUGAAUAUGCUUUACACCCCGUUGCAAAUGAUAGGCUGCUCUGAAGCUGAGCAUCCUGGAGAAGCGGCAGUUUGUCUUCGCUCUCUAGCUCUGCCUACUCCAGCGGGAGAUACAGUCAUGGAAAUAUGCCUUGCUGACUGUAGCUUUGGUUCUGCGGAUGGCCGUUGCUUUGUUGGCUGUCUCCUGAAAAAUAUAAACGCUGGUAUCGUCCUUAAUAUUUCACCAGAAAGCUCAGAAGUACUCGGAGACACAGUUCAAAAAUUGAUGACUUGUUUCAACUCGUGUCAGCACUCGACUACGUCUGGUUCAAGUUGUAUGGCCGAGUGCAUAUUGACAAGCCCGAGCAGGCAAAGUAUCCCGUCAAUUUUACUGACAUCAAUGUACGACUGCAGUUUGGGCUGUGACAAUGUUGAUUGCGUUAACAAAUGCUUCAACAGACAACUUGAUCUGCACUACGAUCUUCUUUUCCAUAUGGCGAUUGAUUUAUGCGAUGGUCAAUGCAAGAAAUCUGACACAGUUUGUCCCGUUAAAUGCGUUCUUUCCCGAAUCCGAUACAGUCCCGAUGAAAUGAUCGAUGUCGAUAAAGAUGUUAUUCUACCAAGCUUAAUGUUUUGUGGAACCAUGUGCAAUAGUAACGAUAUGAGUUGUCUGCUAAAAUGCAUCUCUCAAGAGACAAAUAUGGCGGUAAGAAUUCCGACUAUAACGAUCGAGGAAAGCUCCGGCGGUGGAUCUGGCGACGACGAAAUUGAAUUUAUCGAGGUCGAAACACUCAAUACUUUCUUGGGUAAUGAAAAUAUUGACGAAAGCAAAUUCAAGGCUUUGAAACUUUUGCAGAAGUCUUCUCAAGAACUAACUUGUUCUCUUUUCUCUGAGUGCAGAAAUGAUAUCGGUACUUUUGGAUGCUCGUGUCUGCCAGGAAUGAGAGAAGUCGACGAUCACUGCAUUCUUGGAGACUUUGGCUUUGGUCCCGUUCUUCCAGACAUUUCCGCUCCCGUUACUCUUGUUGAUGAGGAAGGUGAAAUUUCCAAUGUCGGUUUUCCAUUUGCUUAUGGAAAUUCUCUCUCGGCACCGACAGAAUGGCGCGUUCAAGUCCCUGAUGCAGUUUCUUAUCAAUUCGAAAUCGAAACGCUCGAUCUUGAUGACAUUGUCGACGGAUGUGAUGACUACGUUGAGAUCUUUGAUGCUUCUGCACCCGACGAAGCGAUCAGAAUUGACAGCUGCAAGGGUAGCACAAGAAGUCAAUACUACCGACGUCGACGAGAAACGAGCUACGGAGCCUCUCAUGCGGAGAUUUCCGAGCGCAUCAAUCUCUUCGAAGUUUCUGAAAUCGUGAUUCGUCUUUUUGUCGACCCUACUAAGGCACAGCGUCGCGGUUCAGGAUUCAAGCUCAUCUACAAAUCUUACAAAGAUCAGUGUAAGAGCAACAAAUGCAUGCCAGAUACUUUGGAAGAUAUGAAGUGCCACUCACGCCUCGACGAUUUCAUUUGCGAAUGUCCUCGCGGAUAUGUUGGCGAUGGAAAACGAUGCUGGCCUCUCAUCGAUGUCAAGCUUGAAGAAACCUCAGGAGUCAUCGAAGGCUUCUUGAAUGAAGCGGCUUUGAAUCGUUAUAUUCUCAGCAACUAUUUGGCUGAGAGCUAUCACGUGGAAUUUAUCGCUGUCGAAAUGGAAACGCGUGAUUGUAACGACCACGUUCUCGUCAGUGAUGAGCGCGGGCAAAUGCAAAUUUGCCCGUACGAUUUGAGAAACGGCUUGAAGAGAACUUUCUUUGGAAAUAAUGUGGUAAUGCAAGUUGUGCUUACGCGAAAUUACGAUACACCAUUCCAAAUUUUCUUCAACGCUAAUAUUCCAACAACCACUACUACCACAACAACCACCACGACCACCACCACUACCACAACUACUACAACCACAACUACAACGACUACAACUACAACGACUACAACAACGACUACGACCACAACAACGACCACAACAACUUCAACAACAACAGAUAUGUUCGAUAAACUCGGUGCUAUUUUCGGUAAAUACGAGGCGAAUAUUACCACAACAACAACGACAACAACAACUACGACGAAAUCGACCGAGUGCUAUCUUGGUAUGCUUGAAUUUGGACUCCUCAUUGAAAUCGAUGCCAGACACAAUCCAGUGAGCGUAAUGGAUACCUUCCAGGAGAAAAUUCAAAAGUCAAUUUUGGAGAAUACAGAUGGUGUGACUGAAGCUCAAGUUUAUUACAGUCUUGAAGAACAGACAGAAAAGAAACGAGGAGACAUAAAGUUAUUUGCCACAUCUAUCGGUUUCGAGAUGACUUUGGACAGUGAAUUUGACGUAAAAUUGUUCAAGAAGGCAAUAAAAGGAGAGAUUGUCCGAUUUACAUCGCACAAAGCCCACGAUUUUAUUCAGGAACAAGUUCAUUAA